AUGGUAAACAAAAGAGACGCUGCCAACUCCUACGUUGAAGGUAACAAGAAAGUCAAGCUUGACAAUGGCAAAAAGGAGGAUAUCGCCAUUGACUCGGAAUUGUUGGGCGACCAAUCGUCGUAUGCCAAUUCAGGUAACCAGGACCAAGGCGAUGUGAAGGAUGAAGAAGCGGCUGUCGCUGCUGCUGCUUCAUUGGCACAGGAAGCCGACCCUGCCAAUGCUGCCGCUGCUGCUUUGAGCCACCAGCAACAGUCACACCCACAUCAUCAUCACCAACAACAGCAGCAACAACAGCAGCAACAACAGCAACAGCAGCAUGCCUUGCACCAUAGGAUGUACGACACUUAUAGUUCUCUGGUUCACGCUGCUGCAGCUCAACACACUCACAGACCCGAUCUGACCAUGUUGCAGCCUACAACUUUGCCUCCUCCUGCUAACAGCAAGCCCCCUCACGGUUCUGACGAAUGGCACCGCAUCAGACGUGAGAACCACAAAGAAGUUGAGAGAAGGAGAAGAGACCUGAUCAACGCAGGUAUCAAGGAGUUGGCUGCUUUGAUACCUACCCCAGACACGAACAAGGCUCAAAUUUUGCAGAGAGCUGUUGAAUUCAUCAAGCGUUUGAAAGAAAACGAGAACAACAACAUUGAAAAAUGGACAUUGGAAAAAUUGUUGACUGAGCAAGCUGUCAGUGAGUUGAACGCCUCAAACGAGAAAUUGAAGGCUGAAUUGGAAAGAGCUUACCGUGAGAUUGACAGCUUGAGAAGACAACUUGACGAAAAGCAAUAG